CUUAUUUCUGUGUUCUUUCCCCCUGCUUUCUCUAUCUGGAUGAAAAUCUUGAGCCAGUAAUUCAUUCCUAUAAGAAUCAUCAUGAGUGGUCCCGGUGUCGGUUUCGAGUAUCCUCCAAAGCCCGUUGCGUGGCUGAAGCGAGAUGCUCUCCUCUUCGCCAACAGCAUUGGCUGCAAGCCUGAUGAGCUUCACUUCCUCUACGAACUUCACCCCGACUUUGCUGUCUUCCCUUCCUACUCGGUGAUCCUGCCGUUCAAGGGCACCACGCAAGAGGUCAUUGACUUCUACGCUGCCCAGAAGGCGACCAAGAUCCCUGGUGUCCCAGAUUUUGACUACACCCGUGUGGUCGACGGCCAGCGGCUAGUCGAGUUUCUCAAGCCCCUGCCUACCACCUCCGAGGGCCGCAACUUUGAGAUCCGCUCCAAGGUCCUGGGUGUCUACGACAAGGGCCGCCCCGGGUCCGUCCUCGAGGUCCAGCAGGAGCUCGUCGACGCCGGCACCGGCGAGGUGUACUCGCGGGCCACCGGCAGCUCUUUCUUCGUGGCGCAGGGCAACUGGGGAGGACCCAAGGGCCCUGCGACCGAGAACUUCCCGCCACCCAAGGACAAGACCCCCGACGUGACUUUUGAGGCGCAGACGGAGCGCGGGACGGCCCUAUUGUACAGGCUCAACGGCGACUACAACCCGCUGCACGCGACUCCCGAGCCGGGCAAGAAGAUGGGCUUUGGCGGCGAGAUCUUGCACGGCCUGUACUCGUUCAACUCCACCUGCCACGGGCUCCUGAGGCAUCUUGGCGGGAGUGACCCCAAGAACCUGAAGGAAUUCCAGGCGAGGUUUGCGAGCCCUGUCAAGCCUGGUGAUAAGCUGGUGACCAAUGUCUGGAGGACUGGCGAGGUCAAGGAUGGAUUUGAGGAGGUCCGAUUCGUUACCAGUAUCGCGGGCAAGAAGGUGUGCCUGAGCAACGGACGAGCUCUCGUCAAGGUUGUUGGCCCGGCCAAGAGCAAGCUGUAAAGAUACAUUUGUUCUGACUCCUGCUUUCGAGUGAGACGCAUUUGGGAUUGAAAUUUUAUCAGUCACUCUUUUUCUUCUUCUUGGCCAAGUUUGUUUUGGUGGCUGAAAAAUUAGGCUGCAUGUGAAUUAUUCGCAUAUGUCAACUGAGAUUUCAACGAUGUUGCCUGCC